AUGCUACCAACACUCCCCAUAAUCCUCUUACUCAGCUCCACCAUCACUGUGGUGAGCAGCGCCCCCAUCUCACCCCUUCACCGCCGCUACGACAUAGACUGGCAAUUCACCCUCGACGCCCCCUCUCCCGUCGCCGACGACAACUUCCCCGACCACGGAAAACUAGUCGCCUGGCCCCCAUACCGCGAACUAGACGGCACAGUCCCCUUCUCCCCUGACUUUCUAGAUGCCCUCAACGCCUGGAAGUCCGAUGCUCCACUCACACAUGUGGGCUUCAAUCCUCCGCCCAGACCACCGGGUAUGGUGACACCGUUAGAUGAGGGCUAUGUGGAGAGUUUUGAGUAUCCACCUAAUACGCUUAGGUGCACUGCUUUCGGGGGGUGUGUGGAGAGGGGGCCGGAGACGGAGGAGGAGAGGAGAGAGAGGGAGGAGACUGUGAUUUGGGAGUUGGGGGAGCAGGCUGAGGCGGUGGUUGUUGAUGAUCAGUUUGUCAAGGAUCUGUUUACGUCGUGA